ACAGUGAUGGCGGAUGUUUGCCAUGUGGAAGUCUCAUUUUGAGUAGGACCAGCCAAGAAAGUAUUUUUUCGUCAAUAUCAGAUUUCAAGAAAAUCGUUUUUGUCAACAGAGACAGUGCGCGGGUAAACCACGUGCAGACUCCCGCGCUUGUUCGUUCAUUCAAAAGUGGUCAAAUCUCAGUUGUCAUCAAACGAUCUGACUCGAAGCAUGGAUAUGGCGACUUUACAUCUAGAAGAUGGGUCAUCGUACCACGGGCACCUGUUCGGAGCUGCUGUUAGUGUUCCAGGCGAAGUCGUGUUCCAGACAGGCAUGGUGGGUUACCCAGAAUCCCUCACUGACCCAUCCUACAGGAAGCAGAUCCUGGUGUUGACGUACCCACUGAUCGGGAAUUAUGGCAUCGCUGAUGAAGAAACUGAUGAGUUUGGACUGAAGAAAUGGUUUGAAUCAUCUGAGAUCCAUGUAGCAGCCUUGAUAAUAGGAGACUUGACUGAGAAGCGAAGUCAUUGGGCUGCGGUGAAGUCGCUUGCAACAUGGCUGGAAGAACAACAUAUCCCAGCAAUAUGGGGAGUUGAUACUAGAGAUCUGACAAAAAAGAUCCGAGAGAAAGGGACCAUGCUUGGGAAGGUUGUGGUGGAUGGUGAGGACCCAGAAUCUGUCGCCCUGGUGGACCCAAACGUCACCAACCUCGUCAAGGAGGUGUCGAUCCAGAAGCCCAUGGUGUAUAAUAAAUCGGGUGAUUUGAAGAUCAUGGCGGUGGAUUGUGGCAUCAAGUACAACCAGAUCCGUUGUCUCUGUCAGCGUGGGGCUCGGGUCACUGUGGUGCCGUGGGACCACCCCAUCAACAGCGCAGACUAUGAUGGUUUGUUCCUUAGUAACGGACCAGGUGACCCAACGAUGUGUGGUACAACUAUCUCCAAUGUUGGUCGUGUUCUCAACGAAACCAACUUCAAGCCAGUGUUUGGCAUAUGCCUUGGUCACCAGCUCCUUUCCCUAGCCAUCGGCGCCAAGACGUUCAAGAUGAAAUAUGGUAACCGUGGCCACAACCAGCCCUGCAGGUACGAGGAUUCCAUCCGCUGCUACAUCACCACGCAGAACCAUGGAUUUGCUGUCGAUCCCGACUCGCUCCCAGAAGACUGGGUGCCACUGUUUACCAACGCUAACGACAAGACUAACGAGGGAGUCAUCCACACUGACAAGCCAUUCUUCAGCGUACAGUUCCACCCAGAACACAUGGCGGGCCCACAGGACCUGGAGGUGUUGUUUGAUGUCUUCCUGGACCAGGUCAAGGCACACAGGCAGGGCGAGAUCAGCCCGACAGUGAGAGAGAGGGUGUCUAUGAAGCUGAGGAGCCCAGGAAUCACACUGAACGUCCAGCAGGCACCACCCAGGCCCAAGAAGGUGCUGAUCCUUGGGUCUGGGGGAUUGUCCAUCGGCCAGGCAGGAGAGUUCGACUACUCUGGAUCUCAGGCCAUCAAAGCCCUGAAGGAGGAAGGCAUCCAUACAGUCCUCGUCAACCCCAACAUCGCAACUGUCCAGACGUCCAAGGGCCUGGCCGACAAAGUAUACUUCCUGCCUAUAACCCCCGACUAUGUAACCCAGGUUAUAAGGAGCGAGAGGCCUGAUGGGAUUUUGCUGACGUUUGGUGGGCAGACGGCACUGAAUUGUGGGAUACAACUGACCGAUCGAGGUGUCCUAGAAAAGUACAAUGUCAGAGUUUUGGGGACGCAGGUGGCUUCCAUCGAGUGGACAGAGGACAGGAAGAUAUUUGCAGAGAAAAUGGCGGAGAUUAAAGAACAUGUGGCCCCCAGCGAGGCGGCCUACACUGUUGACCAGGUUGUGCAAGCAGCGGAAACCUUGGGUUACCCUGUUCUGAUCCGAGCAGCGUUUGCCCUGGGUGGGCUGGGGUCCGGGUUCGCAGCCAACAAGGAAGAGCUGCUAGUUCUGGCUAGUGCCAUCUUUGCUCACACCAGCCAGGUGUUGAUAGACAAGUCUCUGAAAGGCUGGAAGGAGGUGGAAUAUGAGGUGGUCAGGGACGCCUACGACAACUGCAUCACGGUGUGUAACAUGGAGAAUGUGGACCCACUCGGCAUCCAUACCGGGGAGUCCAUUGUUGUCGCCCCCAGUCAGACCCUCACCAACGCAGAGUACAACAUGCUGAGAACUACAGCCAUCAAGGUCAUCCGCCAUCUCCGGGUUGUUGGAGAGUGCAAUAUCCAGUAUGCCCUCAAUCCACACUCACAGCAGUAUUACAUCAUUGAGGUGAAUGCCCGACUGUCUCGCAGCUCAGCCCUCGCCAGCAAGGCCACCGGGUACCCACUUGCUUACAUCGCUGCCAAGCUGUCGCUAGGAAUCCCCCUCCCCGAGCUGAAGAAUUCUGUCACCAACUCCACCACAGCGUGCUUCGAGCCCAGUCUCGACUACUGUGUCGUCAAGAUUCCUCGCUGGGACCUGCGCAAGUUUUCCAGGGUCUCAACCAAGAUUGGCAGCUCCAUGAAGAGCGUGGGAGAGGUGAUGGCCAUCGGACGCAAGUUUGAGGAGGCGGUACAGAAGGCCCUGAGGAUGAUGGACGGGAGCGUGCUCGGCUUUGAUCCAUACCUCAAAACUGUCUCCGAAACUGAACUCCGUGAGCCGACAGAUGAGCGCAUCUUUGUCCUGUCUGCGGCUCUGAAGCAGGGAUACAGCAUAGAGCAUCUGUAUGAGCUGACCAAGAUUGACCACUGGUUCCUGCAAAAGUUCAAACACAUCACGGACCACAUCACAACCAUGGAACAGUACAGGGGCAAGGCCAGUACUGUUCCCAAGGAGACUCUCCUUUAUGCCAAACAGUUGGGCUUCUCAGACGAGCAGAUAGCUGUUGCCAUAGAGAGUACGGAGCUUGCGGUGCGGAAACAUCGUGAGGCUUUAGCGAUUACACCGUGGAUCAAGCAGAUUGAUACAGUGGCUGCCGAGUGGCCCGCCCAGACCAACUACCUGUACUUGACCUACAGCGGCCAGAGCCAUGACCUUGACUUCCCCGGGGGCUACAUCCUCGUUGUCGGCUCCGGCGUGUAUCGCAUCGGCAGCAGCGUCGAGUUUGACUGGUGUGCUGUCAACUGUAUCAGGGAACUUCGCAUACGGUCCUUCGAGGAGUGCUACCGGUGCGCAGCCCAGCAUUUAAAGGUGGCGGUCCACUCAGCCUACCUGUCUGCUCUGCAGGGGCAGCUGGUGGACCAGAGCGCUUGUGACGCCGACUUGUCGGCGCCAGUGCUCGCGCGGCAGCUCACGGGGGUACACUCACAUCUGGCUCGGGAUAGCAUUAGGUGCUGUGCCAGUUUAUGCGGGGAGGCAGCGGAGGCUGUUUCUACCUUCAAAGACUCUAAGCCUUUGUUGGAGCAGCCCUCCGGCUCCUGCGCCACCGGCCUUCCCGCUUCGCUUCCGCUUAUCCUUCUGCCCGGCGAAGGAUGCUGCAAAGUGGACUGCCCUUUGCAGUCAAGCGAGCAGGCAGGCGCAGGCAAGGCAAGGGCAGGCCUGCUCAAGCUCAGCAGCCUUUUCGGGGCAAGGGGAAGCCAGCCCGGCUUCCCACUGAUUCCUUCCCCAGAGCCCUUAUUGCCCCCACUCACGCAUGGCGGAGACUUGCCGACUUGGAGGCGAGAUCCUCCGUCCUUUCUCGGGGUUCGGGCUGCGCCUGUGCCGACCUCGCGACAAAGCGGGCCAGCUCCGUGCGAAGUUCAGUCCUUACUGAACAAGGCAGCCAUCGAGUGGUUCCUGUGGGUCAACAAGGAGAGGGCUCGGAUCCUUGGCACUUCUCCAGAAAGUAUCGACAAUGCGGAGAAUCGGUUCAAGUUCUCCCGUAUGCUGGACAACAUGGGGAUCAGUCAGCCGAUGUGGAAGGAACUCUCCACUUUGGAGAGUGCCCGGAAGUUCUGUUCGGAAGUCAGCUACCCCUGUCUGGUGCGACCCUCCUACGUGUUGAGUGGCGCAGCGAUGAACGUGGCCCACACACCCCAGGAUCUGGAGACAUUCCUCACGCAGGCCAGCGCUGUGUCCAAGGAGCAUCCAGUUGUCAUCUCCAAGUUCAUCCUGGAAGCUAAGGAGAUUGACGUUGAUGCUGUCGCCUGUGAUGGGGAGGUAGUCUGCAUGGCUGUGUGCGAACACGUGGAAAAUGCAGGUGUACAUUCAGGGGAUGCAACUCUCGUGACCCCACCUCAGGACUUGAAUGAUGAGACAUUGGCAAAGAUCAAAGCAAUUUGUUGCGCUAUUGGUCGAGCUCUGGAGGUCACUGGACCAUUUAACCUUCAGCUCAUUGCCAAGGACAACCAACUGAAGGUCAUCGAGUGCAAUGUGAGAGUCUCAAGGUCAUUCCCUUUUGUAUCCAAAGCAUUGGACAAAGAUUUGGUUGCCUUGGCAACAAGAGUGAUUACGGGGGAAAUGGUCGACCCAGAAAACAUCCUUCAAGGUUGUGGAAGAGUGGCAGUCAAGGUGCCGGUGUUCUCCUUCAUGCGGCUGCAGGGUGCCGAUGUGCUCCUGGGGGUGGAGAUGGCCAGCACGGGGGAGGUGGCUUGCUUCGGGGAGGACAGAUACGAGGCCUACCUCAAGGCCCAGAUCAGUACAGGGGUGAAGAUUCCCAGGAAGAAUAUCCUCCUGUCCAUUGGAAGUUUCAAGUACAAGAAUGAGCUGAUCCCCACCGUGCGAACCCUCACCGAGAUGGGCUACAACCUGUUUGCCAGCAUGGGUACCGCUGACUUCUACAAUGAACAUGGAUUCCAGGUGAAGGCAGUCGAUUGGCCAUACGAGGACACAGGCGAGAGCAAGAAUGGUGCAGAGCAGCGUACUAUUGCCGACUAUCUGGCAGACAACAUGUUCGAUUUGGUGAUCAACUUGCCUCUACGGAACGGAGGCUCUCAUCGGGCGUCCUCGUUCGUCACCCAGGGUUACAAGACUCGGAGAAUGGCAGUGGAUUAUUCAGUUCCCCUGAUCACAGAUGUCAAAUGUACAAAGCUCUUUGUGGAGGCGCUGAGGAGACGGAAGGGUGCUCCACCUAUGAAGACGCACAUUGACUGCAUCUCAUCACAAAGAAUCGUCAGGCUCCCUGGCCUCAUCGACGUCCACGUGCAUGUCCGUGAGCCAGGUGCCACACACAAGGAAGACUGGUCCUCGUGCACUGCUGCGGCCCUAGCAGGGGGGAUAACUCUAAUUCUUGCCAUGCCUAACACAAACCCAGCUACUGUAGACCAGGGGUCAUUCGCCCUAACACAAAAGUUGGCACAAGAGAAGGCUCGUUGUGACUAUGGCCUGUUUGUGGGAGCUAGUGCGGACAAUUCUCAGGUCUUGCCAUUGUUUGGGGCAAAGGCUUGUGCUCUCAAGAUGUACCUGAACCCAACUUUCACCACUCUCCAUCUGCAGGAUAUGUCGGACUGGAUGAAGCACUUCGAACACUGGCCCAAGAACUUCCCGCUGUGCGUCCAUGCUGAAGGCGUCAUGACGGCCUCUGUGCUGCUACUGGCCGAGCUGUACCAGAGACCGGUCCAUGUGUGCCACGUGGCUCGCAAGUCAGAGAUUCAGGUGAUCAAGUUAGCGAAAGAGCGAGGACUUCCUGUCACAUGUGAGGUGACUCCCCAUCAUCUGUUUCUCACUUCAGACGACCUUGAGAAUAUCGGGGACAAGCGGGGUCAAGUCAGACCAUGCCUUUGUUCCAAGGAAGACCAGCUUGCAUUGUGGGAGAACAUUGAUAUCAUUGACUGCUUUGCAACAGAUCAUGCCCCCCACUCUGUGGAGGAGAAGGAUGCAGCCAACCCACCCCCGGGAUUCCCCGGUCUGGAGACCAUGCUUCCCAUGUUGCUCACUGCCGUCAACGAAGGGCGACUCACUCUUGAGGACAUUAUCAGCCGUCUCAGCACCAACCCACGUCGCAUCUUUGGUUUGCCGGAGCAGCCUGACACGUACAUCGAGGUGGACCUGGAUCACAAGUGGACUGUCCCAAAGGCCAUGAAGUUCACCAAAUCUAAGUGGACACCAUUUGCUGGGAUGAAUGUGGUUGGAGCUGUGCGGAGAGUUGUGCUGAGAGGGGAGGUGGCUUACAUAGAUGGUGAAGUUUUGGCUGCGCCUGGAAAUGGCAUCGACGUGAAGACACUACCCCAACCUGCCACACCCAAGCAGGCAACAGAACAGUUGUCAGUCCAUAUCCCUACCAUGCCCUCAUCGCUGCCUUCAUCCGAGCCAGCAAGUCCUCGCCGGGCCCUCAUGGACAAGUUCCCCUUGCCUCCCCGCCCCUCCCGAACCUUGGAGGGUCAGCUCCAGCCAAUCGGAGAUUCCCCAGAACACCUACACAAGGAGAUGAAGCCAGCUGCUGUCUCUUGCCUUCUAGAGAGUCUCACAGAUUUGUAUGGAGGUCACGGUGACUUCCUCCGUAAGGAGCUCCCGGUCACCCCCAGCCAACACAGCCACGCCCUGCAGCCUGUGGGGCUGCCCCACUACACUCCUGGGCUCACCAACCACCAUGUGCUCUCUGUCAUGGGAUUCAACAGGGAGCAGCUUCAUCAGAUCUUCAAUCUUGCCCACAACUUCCGUGUGGCAGUGAUGAGGGAUCGCCCACUUGACUACAUCCUCAAGGGCAAGGUGAUGGCGUCGUUGUUUUAUGAGGUGAGCACGAGAACCUGCUGUUCCUUCUCUGCUGCCAUGCAGCGCCUAGGUGGCGCUGUCGUGGCCCUCAAUGAAGCCACUUCCUCCUCCAAGAAAGGGGAGACCUUGCAAGAUACUGUGGCCAUGAUGUCUGGGUAUGCAGAUGUCAUUGUGAUUCGCCACCCAGAGCCAGGGGCUGUCAGUACUGCAGCAGGGGCAAGUCGGAAGCCGGUCAUCAACGCUGGUGACGGGACUGGCGAACACCCAACACAAGCGCUGCUGGACGUCUUCACGAUACGAGAAGAGAUCGGAACUGUCAAUGGACUCACAAUUACUAUGGUUGGGGACUUAAAGAACGGCCGCACUGUUCACUCCCUGGCCCGUCUGCUGACGUUGUACCGUGUCAACCUACGCUACGUGUCUCCGCCGUCCCUGCAGAUGCCGGAGGACGUCCAACAGCUGGUUCGGUCACGUGGCAUCAGACAGGAGGUGUUUAAUUCCCUGGAAGAGGCCUUGUCGGACACGGAUGUUCUUUACAUGACACGGAUACAAAAAGAGAGGUUCACGUCCCUUCAAGAAUACGAACAGGCAUGUGGACAGUUCAUAGUGACCCCUGAAGUGAUGACAAAGGCCAAGAAGAAGAUGGUCGUGAUGCAUCCCCUUCCUCGUGUGUUCGAGAUCAGCUCCAGCUUCGACUCAGAUCCCCGUGCUGCAUACUUCCGCCAGGCCGAGAAUGGCAUGUAUGUUCGCAUGUCCUUGUUGGCCCUUGUCCUGGGGAAAUGCUGACCUCACACCACAGCCUACAUUCAGACGGACAUUGGACAACCAAACACACAUUCAGAUGGACAUUGGACAACCAAUCACAUAUUGAGGCAUAUCUCGUACAACCAUUGACACAUUAAGACAGAGCAUGGACAAAAAUUCACUCACACACACAGAGCUUGACAACCAUUCACAUAAUCAGAAGUACCUUGGAAGAUCAUCCACACAUUGAAACGAAGCUUGGACAACCAUUCAUACAUUGAAAGAAAGCUUGAACAACCAUUCACAUAUUCGAGCAGACUGUGGACAACCAAUCACAUAUUCAGAUGGACCAUGGACAACCAUUCUCGUAUUCAGUUGGACUGUGGACAACCAUUCACAUAUUCAGACGGACUGUGGACAACCAUUCAUGUAUUCAGACGGACCGUGGACAACCAUUCACGUAUUCAGACGGACCGUGGACAACCAAUCACAUAUUCAGACGGACCGUGGACAACCAUUCACGUAUUCAGACGGACCGUGGACAACCAUUCACGUAUUCAGACGGACCGUGGACAACCAUUCACGUAUUCAGACGGACCGUGGACAACCAUUCACACAUUGAGAUUGACAACUUUCAGCACACUGGAGGGACCGUGGACCUCGGACAACCAUUCACACAUUGAGGUGGGCUUUAGACAACCAUCAGCUCACUGGAGAGUCCUUGGACAACCAUCAACACUGUGAUGGACAAAAGCAACCAUGUUUGGUUGUGGUUUAAACUAUAUCUUUCGAAUGAAAUACUUGAGAAAAUUUAUGACUCGAUUUUUCUGAUGAUCCUAUUCUGUUGAAAGGUGGGUCUUUUUGCAAGGUUUUAUUCAUGAAAGCCAUUUUGCCUUUACCAUUGCCGUAAGCUUUGGAUAGGCAGCAUCUCUGUAAGCUUAGCGUAUAUUCUACCAUGAAAUAACAUUGAUUGGUGCACAUGUUGGAUUAUUUCCAAAAACAAAUUGUAUCACUGCACUGUGUGUCUGUCAGCAUGCCUUUUUACCUGUGUUUCUCAGACUAUCUCAUUUCUUACACUGGCGUCUCAAUCUUACCUCACCGACUGUCUCAGUCAUAGCUCACCAAGUCUCUCUAUCUUAGCUCACCGAGUGUCUCAAUCAUAGCUCUCUGAGUCACCCCAUCUUAGCUCACCGGGGGCGGUGGGGUAGUCUAGUGGUUAAAGCGUUGGCUCGUCACGCCGAAGACCCGGGUUCGAAUCCCCACAUGGGUACAAUGAGUGAAGCCCAUUUCUGGUGUCCCCCGCCGUGAUAUUGCUGGAAUAUUGCUAAAAGCGGCGUAAAACCAAACUCAGUCAGUCAGUCUUAGCUUACCGAGUAUCUCAAUCAUAGCUCUCCGAGUCUCCCCAUCUUAGCUCACCGAGUGUCUCAAUCAUAGCUCACCGAGUGUCUCAAUCAUAGCUCACCGAGUGUCUCAAUCAUAGCUCACCGAGUGUCUCAAUCAUAGCUCACCGAGUGUCUCAACUAUGAUACAUAUUUCUCACCCAUGUCCAACUGUCACUGUAUGUGUCAUUUUUCAUAACAACUUCAGAAUCUCAAGAAUGUAUUGGAGUAUACAUCGUAAUGCAAGUAGAAGAAAAUAUCUGUAUAUUAGAGAGGGAUGUCUGGUAUUAUUGGGAGCUUCAUCGUUUGUUGUGUAAUCCUUUCAUACAGCUACAGCAGAAUAAAUCUUCAUGCAUAUCUGCAGACUAAAGUGUAAUGUCCAUGUUUCAAUGUUAAAUAUUCAUACCAACUUAAGAAUGUUCCAAGCAUUUUUAUGUAAAACUUUUGUGCUCCUGCAUGUAUACUUCUCAAAACAAGUUACGGAACACCCACAAUUGGUGUUGCAAUACACACCAGCCAUGAGA